CUUAUACCGCCAAACUGCCACGUGGCUUAUCCACACGGCAUUCUUUUGUCUUUAUCUUCACAGGUCAAAUUUUCCCCACCAAAUGUGCGAUUUUAUCCUCCGUCGACGCAACUACCCCUUCGAUCUACUCUCCCUAGGGUUACGAUGAUCUCAUCUUCAAGUUUUCAAUGCCUUUGAUUUCCCCGUCUUCGAAAAAUGUUAGUUUUUAGCGGAACAGUUUCUAUCACUGAAGCUUCAUCUCCCUCCGAAGUAGGUCCAGACCGGACCGGAAUCGGAACCGCCGGUCGAGAUCACUUCAUAUUCCGGUUAUCCAGCUCUGCAACUGUGUGCCAUGGGUUCUGGCACGACGCGGCACUGGUAUUACCAUCGGUUUUGUUCGUACUGUACUUAGGGUUUCAUGCUAGGAGCAACAUUAAAAAGCUCAGUCACCGUCGGUCCUCUGUAAUGAUUGGAUACUAUGGGCUUCUGUGGUUUGCUGUUCUUUUAAACCUUGCUUGGUGCUUUCUUCAGGUAUGGCAGUGCCCUCCAGGGAAGCAGGUGGCUUGGAAUCUUUUGUCACUGUUUGCAACGUCUGCAAUGCUAUUUCUGGAGAUUAGCAUAGUGGCAUUCUUACUUGAGGAGAAUUAUGCGAGCUGUUUGGAAACUUUAGCACGUACGUUCAUGGUUUCAGGCCUUUUUGUCAGUGUGGAUUUACUGUUAAAGGUAAUUUUUAUAUUUGGAUUUGGUGUUCCACUUUUCCUUGACGUGGAAAUAGCUGAUAGGGGGAAGUGGGGUGUCUGGUUCACCAACAAGCUUCUUCUUACUGCAGCUUAUGGCUACAUAUUAUUUGUGCAUUUCUCAAAAUGGAGAGAUAAGCUGCCUCCACGCCCGGCCUUCUACAAUUAUGUCAUCGUCAUGUCUGUGACAACUGCUGUAAUGUUAUUUGCCUGUGGGCUUGCAGGCAUUAAGAGUGGCUUUGGACUUUGGUUGUAUAAUUUGGCAGUAGUUUGUUAUCACUCCCUUUAUCUUCCAUUUCUUUAUAUGACAUUCCUGGCUGAUUUUUUCAAGGAGGAAGAUUGGCUUCUGGACAGCGCAUACUACUCAGAGAUGAAAGAUGCAGGAUUUUUUGAUUCAGAUUGGGAGUAAACUUGUAAAACUGGUAGACAAAUAAGCAAUUCCAUUGUGUAAUUGUAAAUAUUAACGGGCAGGUAUUCUGACAAACAAAACCAAUAUUUAUUUUAGUCAUUGCAUUGGCUUGCUUAUUUCCUGGUUGAAAU